AUGAAUACAUAAAAUAACAAAUGGGAAUUUAAAUAAAUUGUUACAAAAUCAAUAAUGGAAUUUGGUACUGAAAUUUGUUUCAUAAAAGAAAAUUAAUUUAUAUGUGUAAGUGAAAAUUAAGAUGGACAAGAUUAUAUUUGUUUUUUUGAAUUAUAGAAUCAGUAGUUUUAAGAAUAAUUUAACUAAUAAAUUAAAUUAAUAUUCAAUAAUUAAGAAUAUAAUGAACCUUUAUUCCCAAUUAUGUUCAAUUAAACAAAGAGAAUAAUAUUAUUAAGACAUAAAUUCAAUAUAUACAUACUCUCUCAACAAUUUCAUAAUACAUAUAGAAUUUCUACAAAAUUACAAUUUUAGCAUAAUAUAAUUUAAGGAUCUAUGACUAAUGAUGCUUAAUAUAUGGUUUUAUGGGAAAAGAGUAAUUCAUGUUACUUUAUAUAUAAAAUAAAGUAAAAUUAAUAUGGAUAAGUUUAAUAAAAUUGA